CUUACACCUCAUCGUAGAUGUGUAAUAGACAUUCUGAGCAACAAAAAAAGUGCAUUAAGGUAAUAAUAAGAAAAAUGCCUCUACGACGCUUGAUGCUGAUCACCAUCUGCGUCGUGUUCAUCACAACAGAAGCUGUUUCAGAUGAAAAUGUGAAGAAAGCAGUGGGUGAUGAAGUCUCUUUUCGUCCAACCAACAUCGAUCCUCCUGUCAGCAGCAUUACAUGGAAACACAAAAACAGCAGUGGAUUUGUUGUCAAGGCGAUUGAAUGGGAUGCUGAUGAUUAUGUUUUUUCCACCCCGAAUCAGAGAUUCAAAGGCAUCACAGCUCUUGAUGAGAAAACUGGACAAAUCACUUUAACUUAUUUAACUGUCAAACAUAGUGGUCUUUAUACCAUUGACAUCAACAGUAAGGAGAUGCAACAAAGAUUCAGCUUGGAAGUUAUGGAGCGGGUCCCUAAACCUGUGAUAAAAAUCAAGAAGGUCAAAGGUAACCCUGAUGUUGUGCAUUUAAUAUGUGAGUACAGUGAACCGAUCAUCUGGAGGAAUUCUUCUGGAGAAAUACUGAUCGGCUCACUGCACCAUCCAAAAGGAGAGUUCAUCACAGUUGAAUUUACAGGAAAUCCUGAUAACUUCUACACAUGCACACUAGGUAACGGCGUUAGUACUGAGACCAGUGAUCCAGUCUAUGAGCGAGAUCUGAUUCAAGAUUUAUGGGGAUUUGUCAUUGUUUCAGUCAGCAUGGUUUUUAUCAUGCUUUUCCUGUUUAUACCGCCUUGUCAUGAUUAUUGUGCUGAUUGCUGCAGGAGACGCAAGACUUCCCAAAAAUGACAUUCGUGAGCAAGUGACCGCUGCUGCUACCUGCCACACAGUUCUGCUCAUCAUGGGCCCUUGUGUCCCUUCAGUUGCAUCGCCACAUGUGGAUCUUCUCGAAAUCAUUUGCAUGGUCAUCGGCUCUAAAUCCCAAGCAACUGGAGCUCUUAACCAUCUGUGCCUACAUAAUUUUGUCUGUUUUUGUUUCUCUUUGACCUCUGCUGUCCCGUGCAGAUGGUAUUUGAACUCCAUCCUCUAAUUCUGAAUAUAAAUCUACUGUUACAUUUAUUUUAAAGGAAGGACAAGAUGAGAAUCUCUUGCAAAACUUUUUUUUUUUGGCCAAGAUUGGGGUGGAGAGUAGAGCAGGCAUUUUUUAUGUACUGAGAAGAGGAGAGAAACUUAAAUAAAUGUGCCAUCUGGAGCAAGA